AUGGCGGUCAACUUUCGUGAAUUUUCUUUUACGCAUACCGAUAGAGAUGCAAAACGGUUGCUCACGCCAGAGAGUGUACCUACCAAGGCAAAUGAGGCAAAAUCAUUUAUUGCCAUCACCAUCUCCGGUCAAAAGGCGUUCGAGCACAAAUAUCAAAAUGAUAAUUUCUCCCCGAAUGUGAGAAUAAGGAUUGGUGAGAUGAUUUUCAGCUAUCGUGAUGGAUAUCAAGGUAUAUCUUAG